AUAUGACAUAAGCACCCGUGACCGCCUCGCUUAGCGGGCACAAGCUAGGGCUUCCACACAAACCGGACCACAACUUCCCCAUCCCGCCCGAGUGUGCCCAGUCGACAACCAACCCCGACGACAAGCCAAAGUACGCGACAACCUCCCCCUUCUCUCCCGACUUGCUUUCUCUGACGAAUAACCUCCCAGAGAUACCGUCAAGAUGGUCAAGAAGAGGGCGAACAACGGUCGUAACAAGAAUGGCCGCGGCCACGUGAAGCCCGUGCGCUGCUCCAACUGCGCUCGCUGCACUCCCAAGGACAAGGCCAUCAAGAGAUUCACCAUCCGCAACAUGGUUGAGUCCGCUGCCAUCCGUGAUAUCUCCGAGGCUUCCGUCUUCACCGACUACGCCGUCCCCAAGAUGUACCUGAAGCUGCAGUACUGCGUGUCCUGCGCUAUCCACGGCAAGAUCGUUCGUGUCCGCUCCCGGGAAGGUCGUCGCAACCGUGCCCCCCCUCCGCGCAUCAGGUACAACAAGGACGGCAAGAAGCUGAGCCCCCCUCAGGCCGCCAAGGCUAUGUAAGGAAGGAAUUUUGAAACGCAGAGAAGAUAUCAAAAUGGAAUGAAAUAGUUUCAAACAAAAGACACUUCUAUGUUUUACCCUUUUUUUCACUCUUUAUCGUACUCGCAUUGCUUUGCAGCAUCUUACACGGUUCUAUAUCAAAUGAAUGGGGUUUGAGACCAGUUUCGGCGGGGUCGAUCUGGCUUGGCUUGUAUCGGACGGAGUGGGGAUGAGAAUAUAUCAACG